AUGAAUAAUACUUCGAAUAAAUUGACACGUCAAUCAACGCAAAUUAUUUUGAUUAAAGACCGUCUUCAUCAUGCGGCGCUCUUACGUACACGCUCAUUGCCAACAUCAUUGUAUAAUGACAUGAAAAACAGAUUCGGCAUCUUCUCGUCGUGUAAUCAUCGUUCGACAGAUGAGUUUCAAAGUAAAACCAACGAUAAGUACAGUGAAUUCACAGCACGAUCUUCAACAGCUAUCGUCCGUUUCGAUCACGGGAAAACAUCAGAAAUCGCUGUUCAAGUAGGUCGCUUUCUCGACAUACGAAUGUGUUAA